CAAAACAAAUCUUUCGCAAGGAAUACAUUAUAGCUCGAAAUUACAAACGAAAUCAAUUUAUUUAUGAAAUGAAUAAAGAUAUUAAUCGUAUAUAGAAGUAGGACAUUUAAUAAUAACAAAUUGAAAUUUCUAAGUGCUCAUACGUGAUUCUCGAAGUGAUACGAAUUUUCGAAACAUUUUCAUCACAUGGGCCGAUAUCGAUUGCUCAUCGAUUUAUUUCGUAAUCCUCGAAAUAUAUCCUGAAAUCAAAUUCAACUCACGCCUUCGAUAUAAGACACGUCACGUAGAACCUUAAAGCAUAAUAAAUCGCUCGGUAAAGCUCGAAACACUAUCUCCGUUAAAAGAAAACUCGAUUUACCGUUCGUUCAUUGAACAGUAACGUUCGAACGUUUAAGAACGUCGUCAUCCUUCUUUUAAACAAACUCUUGCUUUUUCUUUUAAAAACGUUAUUGUUACAAAGAAACGAUCCUUUCGUGUGUUAACACGUGUCGAUGAUAAUCAACGGAAAUUUUACUUGAUUGGUUAUUAUCAAUCAUAUUCCGAGAAAGUGAAAGGACGAUAGGUAAGCUACGUAAAGAUAAAAAAAAACACAUUUUCGAACGAAAUAAAGAUUUUUCUUUUCACGAAUUCUUGAAGAAGAAGAAAAAGGAGAAGAGGAGGAGGUGGAGGAGGAGGAAGAAGAAAAAAAAUCUUUCGUAAAAAUUCUGGCAAAAUAAAAAAAAAAAAUAAAAGAGAAAACAGAAAAAAAAGUUCAGAACAGAGAAACGUAACUUCGAUGAUCGUAGAAUGAGAGAAGAUCUUUCUAACAAAAUUUGUCAUUCCUUUGGGACUUCUUCGUGGAAAACUUACAACGCGUUUUACGUGAGAAGAAUGGAUCUUUGAUUCGAGGGAGAGUUAACGUUAUCCAGAGUCUUCGGCGUUCGUUGAAUCGCAUGGGUUUCUUUAUUCCCCACUCGCUACUUCUCUGAUGCCUUCGUUGUUAUUUCAUCAUUGGAUCGCCGGUUGGCUCUUGCUGGGUUUAUUUGGAUCAAACAUGUCUGAUUGUCAAAAUUUAUACUUGAUGCCGUACGGAACUUAUUACGACGAUUACCGAAUUGAAUCAAACGAUCGUGUCAAAUAUGUCGUACCAGAAACGUAUUAUCAAUACUCACCUCCUGUAGAUUCAGAUCUCGAAAAUAAUAUUUUAAGAAAGAAUCGUUUGAAUUUUCCGCCGUCGAAUCCAUCAAGCUACGAUUAUAUCGCUCCGUCACAGGAUAUCCUUGAUAAUAAACGUCGUCCUGAUGAAAACGAUGAGAAUAACGUUUGGUUGGAUGAAGAGAUUCUUGAAAAAAUGAAUGCACUCGAAAGAAUGCUAUCGGAUGAGUCGAACGAGAAGGAUUUCGAGACGAAAAAUUCUAUCAACGAUAAAAUCAUUUCGGACUCUAUCAUGCCGGAAGAAACAAAGAGGGUCGUCAGACAAGUUCGUAAACAGAGACCAGGAUUUUUUUGGACUCUGGCGAAGCUCGCUUUUGAGACGUUCAACGAUACUCAAUCGGCAAUCAAACAAAUUACUUCAAUAAUUAGUAACAGUAUUGGACCGGAUACGACAACUAAUAGAUCGACGAGCAGCGAUUCGUUGAUGGAAUCGAGUAAAACGUCGAUGAUGAGCGAUAGAAAUGAAACCGCAAUAACAACAGAAGCCACAAUGACGAACACGAAACAAACUCCAGUACUUACAAGAAGCGAACUUCAAUCAAUAAUUACUAGAAACAUCAAAGGAUUGAUUCGGUUAUUUAACAUUGAGUGGCAAGACGCCCUUAAACAAUCGGAUGUUAAUGUGGAUGAAUUUAGAAAGGAUCUUGGUAAGCAAGUAGGAACGUAUUUGCAAGAUAAUCCCAAUGCCUAUUGAAAACGGAUCAGUUGACAGUUAGUAUAUAUAUGUAUAUACAUAUGUGAUACGUGUAAAAUGGAACAGAUUUCUCUUAGACGUAAAAUAUGUAAAAUACGUCAUAAUUUAAUUAUACUUAUUUAACGAUGAAACAGCCAAAGAUCCGUUAUAAAAAAAGAAAAGAAGUUAAUUACAUAGAUACUACACGCGUGAAAUAUCACAAAUUAACUGUAUCUACAAUGUAACAUAAUUUGAGAUACUUAAUAGCUUUAAAUACGUAAUAACAACUGUAUAGUCUUUAUAAGCAUUCUUUUAUAAUAUUCAGAAAUAGUAAACCGUAUUGCAAAUUAUAUCGUAAAAACAAAAUGUCGCGUAAACAUCAAAUAUUGUAGUAUAUAUUUCUUUAUAAUGUAUUAUAUCGAUAUAAAAGAAAUUUGAAAAUGAAAAGCUUUUUUCAAAGCGAUUAAUUCAUUCUUGUCAAACGAUGUGAGGAUAGACAAAUUUAAUAUGUUUAGUUACAUAAUCGGUAUAGUUGUUGGGAUAUUAAGUUGCAUAACAACAUACUACAAAGCCCACGCACGAUAUAUCGCCAACACGUACGUAAAUUAAAAAGUGAUGAAAAGAAAAGGAUGUUGGUGAUAUGAAAAAGGAGAGGAGAUUAUAAAAGAAGUCGUUGACCGUACAUUACGACCGUACAUUACAUAUCGAUAUUGCGUUAUGUAGAAAGCACCUUUCCUCGAUAAGGAGAUUAAAAAAAUAGUUUCAUGAGCAACCGAAUUCCGAUUGGCCGAGAAUCAGCGUGGGAUCUCUCGAUCGCGCCCUUAUAGAUCGGUUCACUCGAUCUUCCUGGCAAUCGUAUCUGGACCGGUGAUGCUGAAUGAAAGGCAGCUUUCUCAGCACCUUUCCUUUUCGUUCGAUCAUGCGAGUUUACUUUCUGAUUGGUGUCAUUGCUCUCGCGGCUGCAUUGGAGGAUGUAAGUUUAAAUAACAAAAUUGAGUAAUCGUAAUGUAAUGUAGAGGUGUUAUAAUAAACAUUUGUAAAUAAUAAGAA